AUGAAGGAGGAAAAAGGAAAACGAAUAAACACAAAAGAUGUUAAUAAAAAAAGAAAAAAAAAUAAAAUAAAAAAUAAAAAAAGUGCAAAGAAGCCAAGUGAUAUUGUAAGCUGCAUAGCAUUUUUGCCAAAGGAUAAAAAAAAGCAAACGAGGGGGAAAAUCGAUCGGCUUAGCGAAUAUGAUGAAACGAGCGAUUACGAAGAAACAGAAGAGUCCCAAAAAAAACCUAGAGAUGAAUCAUAUUCUGAUAUGUAUGAUACGUGGAAAAAUAUAUUUAAUGACGAAAGGGAAAACAAAAAAGUAAUAAGAGAAGAUACUAUCAUAGAAAACAAUAAAAAAUAUAUAUUCGAAGAUGAAUUAAAUAUUGAAAAAAAUGAUGCUUUAAUUCUUAAUGGAAAAAUAUAUAGUGAUAUAGGAACAUUGGAAAUUCAUAUUGUUAACUACGAUGAAGAUAUCUUUAAUAUUUAUGAUGAUGUAAUACUUGACGACUACCCCAUAUGUCUGGAAGUUAUAAAUGAAUCAUAUUAUAAAAAUAAAAAUAUUGUAGCUAUUGGAACUAUGAAAAAUGACAUUGGCCUCUGGGACAUUGGCAACAUCGACACACUGGAGGCUCUCAGUUAUUUGGGUUCCAAUGAUGUGAAUACGAAUGGGCAAAAGAGAAAAAAAAAACAAAAGUUUGGUGAUAUCGCAAAAGUGGAAGAAGCGGAUGAAGUGGAAGAGGGAGAUGAAGUGAAAGAAGUAGACAAAGUGAAAGAGGCAGACAACGUGAAAGAGGCAGACAACGUGAAAGAGGCAGACAACGUGAAAGAGGCAACUCAUGCAGAAAAAACAAUCCACGUGAACGCAAAGACGGAUGGAAAGUCCCGACGCAGGGAAGAAAAAAAAAAAAGGAUGAGGGGAAAAAGAAAAGAAAGCGAAAACAACCUGCACGGUCACACAGAAUGUGUAACAUGCCUUAAUUCGUCUAAAUUAAUACCAAAUUUGUUGUGCAGUGGAUCGAAAGAUUGUUCCAUUAAAUUAUGGGACCUAUCUAAUUUGACAUUUUUACAUACGUUUAAAUUUCACAAAAAAAAAAUUAAUAAUGUUUCAUUUCAUUCGAAAGAAAGAAAUAUUUUAUUUUCCACCUCAUCAGAUAAAACUUUAAAAAUAUAUGAUAUAAGAAAAAAUACAGUUGGGCUAAAUAUUAACUUGACCUCUACUCCUGAAUCAACUAUUUGGAAUAAAUCCAUUGAAAUGGAAAUAUUUUCAUCCGAUGUUGAUGGUUACAUAAGCAAGAUAGAUAUACGCUAUGUUACAGAAUCGUCUUCAUUUUUUUCACACAAUAACAUUAACAGAUUUAAGGCAUUUGAAAAUUCAUGCAUUUCUCUGCUUAGUACCUCGUACCAAAAUUUGACCCUCGCAGGAUCUGAAGAUGGUCUUGUGAAAGCAUACGAUUUUGGAGUUUUCAGUAACAACCAAAGCCCGAAAUGUGUAUACACGAAGAAUCUUAAAAGAAACCUGUAUUGUAUGAAGGAUAACGAAGACUGGCCAAAUGUAGUAUUUUUUGGGUGUGAUAAACUGUAUGAUUGGAAUAUGAACUUGUGCAAGGAAAUAAAUGAAUACUUCAAGUUAUGA